AUGGAAUCUUUGAGAAGCCCGGAUCAGCCUUCAGCGCAGAAGAAGCGGCGCAGACCAGCCCUGGCAUGCGAGCAAUGCCGCCGUCGUAAAGUCCGCUGCGAUAGGAAUCUCCCCUGCAGCACCUGCGUCCGCUCUAAGCACGCCCUCUGCACAUACACCUCGCAGACAAAGCCGGCAUCUAGGAAGAGUCCCAAGCAUGGGGCUGAGGAUAACGGUGGUGCUCUCCACACUGCUCUCCGCCUGCCGGACCCUAUCCUCCCCGCGUCCUCAUCCCUGCGGGCGAGGCCCCCGAUCUCUUCCUCUUCCUCCGUCGAACCAAUCAUACCGACUUCUCGGCCCCUUUCAGAAGCCUCCCCCCGUACUCACAACCCCAGGACACUCGAUGGACACCCCCUCUUCGAUGCAACUAACCCUGGAGAACACUCCGGCCCCGCAGACUUUGGUACGUGGCGGCCCGUAAGAUCUACGCGUCCCCCGGCCCCCGUGAGCGUGAGGGCGGACACGGCCUCGACCCCCGGAAGCUGCCCCGGUUCCUCGUCGACGGUGAAUUCGCUGGUUGAUCGGGUGAAGCAGCUCGAGCAGCAGUUGUCGGAUCUUACCGUCAAGUAUGGAGCUCGGGAAGAAGAUGUAUCUCAACCUACUCCUGGUCUCCGAGAGGGGUUGAGAUAUAGCCGGGGCUGCGUCAGCAAGACUCGUUACUUUGGGCAGAGUCAUUGGAUGAACGCGGCUGAUAUGUUGUACCGCCUUGUCAAUUUUGCAAGAAAAUUCGAGAACCGUCGAUCAUCACAACUAUACGUCGACCUAGAAAAAUGCAAGAAGCUAGGCCGCAUCAUCAAAGCCCGCCGGACUCCCUCAUUCAGCACAAUCUCAACCGGCAAGAGCAUGCCCUCUCGAGAUCUAGCCGACGUCCUCAUCGACAACUAUCUCCGCACCUUUGAGUCCGUCCACCGCAUCAUCCACGUUCCAACCUUCAAGGCAGAUUAUGAAAAGUACUGGCUCAACCCCUCUGACGCGAGCGACUCCUUCAUCAUCACCAUGCAGUUGUGCAUGGGCAUCGGCGCCACGAUGCACGAUGAACGCUUCACCCUACGGAACUUGGCCAUCCAGUGGUUCUGGGAGGCCAUGUUCUGGCUCAUUACGCCUUGCGAGAAGUCCAAGAUGACCAUUCCCGGGCUUCAGAUCCGCUGCUUGAUGCACUACCUCCGUCACACGGCUAAUAUCGGCUGUGAUCUCACCUGGAUUGGCGCCGGUGCCCUCCUCAGGACUGCCAUGUACAUGGGACUGCACCGCGACCCCAAAUCGAUCAUCAAAAUGUCUCCAUAUCGCGCUGAAAUGCGUAGGAGGCUAUGGGUCACGAUCUUGGAGAUCACUCUACAGACGAGCAUCGACUCUGGCGGUCCGCCUCUCAUCUCAUUGGACGAUUUCGAUACGGAGUUACCGGCGAAUCUAGACGACGAGCAACUCGUCGAGGACGGUGAAACAGCCUUCCCUGUGCCCAGGGACCCGGGUACACAUACGCAGAUGACAGUACCGCUCGUAGUCUUCGGAACACUCGCAACUCGUCUGGCGGUAGCAAAACGCGUGAACGAAUUCCGAUCAGACACAGUCUACGAAGAGACUCUCCGUCACAGCAACGAACUGAGCAAAGCACUCCAGAGGAUGAUGCAACAGCUCAAGAUACACCCGGCCGUCACCUCUUUCCAGCUGCGGUACGUUCAGUUCCUGACGUACCGGCUGUUCUUCGCCCUCCACCACCAGAUCGCCCCGCUGGCGCUGCGGAACCCGGUGUACUACUUCUCUCGCAAGAUGGUCGUCGAUACGGCGCUGCGGUUGUGCGAGGUUGCUUUCCUGGCCCCGGAUAAGUCUGGCACAGGCGCCACGGUGAAGCCUGCGACGCCUUCGGAGGUGGAUUUCCAUCGGUUGACGAUUAACGGUGCCGGGUUCUACAGGUCUGUUCCCUUCCAGGGCGUCAUGACACUGGGGCUGGAACUUAUCAAUAUCAAGGAGGAGGAAGUGAGGAAUGGGCACUCAAUGAUCUACAGCGGCUCUGAGGAUCAGCUACGGGGUAUCCUCGAAGCUGUGUACGACUGGUCACGAAAUCGGAUCCAAUCUGGAGAGACGAACAUCAAGGGCCACGCGCUGAGUGUGCUGCUCAUUGCGCAUAUUCAUGGGUUGGAGCAGGGUGUCAACGAUGACAAGAUCGAGGACUUCUUUGAGGAGGCUUGUAAGGAGCGGGUAAAAGAGUGUUAUGAGUUGCUCUCGGAAUUGGCAGGGGGCGAUGUGAUUGAGGAAGGAGUCAGCAUGCCCGAUGUGCAUGAUUUGGAUAUGGACUUUGAUGCCGGAGUCGAUAUGCUUGGGGAUUGGGAUUGGGGCACAUCCGUGGUAGGUCUUCUUCCUUGA